GUGGCUGUGAAGCUCAGUUGAAUUCAGCAAGGAAGUAUGAAGUCCUACAAUCUGUGCAUCCUACUGAGCCUCGCAGCGACGGCUUUCUGUGUGCCGCUGCCGCAGAUUUCUGUGCAAGAUGAAGAUUUUGCAAAGACCUACCUGAAGAGUUUUUUCAACCUGACAGAAGAGCGUGGUCCGACCGUCCGACGGGGCAUCAGUCCGUUGACCCGGAAGCUGAGUGAGAUGCAACAAUUCUUCGGUCUGCGCAUCACUGGUACUCUGGAUGCUGACACUCUUGAGGUGAUGAAGAAGCCCCGCUGUGGCGUCCCAGAUCACAAUGUUGCACGUUUCUCCACGUUUGGAAGUGACCUGAAGUGGAAAACAAAUAGUCUUACCUACAAGAUAGAAAACUACACCCCUGACAUGACUGCCCAGGAGGUCGAUGACUCCAUUGAGAAAGCCCUGCAGGUUUGGGCCAAAGUCACUCCUCUGAGAUUCACCAGAAUCUACAGUGGCACAGCUGACAUCAUGAUCUCCUUUGGAACCCGGGAUCAUGGUGAUUAUUACCCGUUUGAUGGCCCCGAUGGAACCCUUGCACACGCGUUCGCUCCAGGUACUGGCAUUGGAGGAGAUGCUCACUUUGAUGAUGACGAGUCCUUCACCUUCCGCUCAAACACCGGUUACGUCCUCUUCAUGGUGGCUGCUCACGAGUUUGGUCACUCUCUGGGUUUGUCUCACUCUAAUGACCCCGGUGCCCUCAUGUUCCCCACGUACACGUUCCGCAACCCAGACACCUUUGUCCUGCCAAGAGACGAUGUCAAUGGGAUCCAGUCUUUAUACGGUUCAAACCCUGAUGUGGAUCCUUCUCAGCCCAAUCCCGAGCCCCCCACUACCCCAGACGCCUGUGAUUCCACCAUGGUUUUGGAUGCUGUUGCCACCCUGAGAGGAGAGAUGCUCUUCUUCAAAGACAGCUUCUUCUGGCGUAGCCACCCUCAGAGCAGCACAUCUCAGCAAAGUCUCAUCACCAGCUUCUGGGCAAAUGCUCCUACAAGUGUGGAUGCUGCUUAUGAAAGCCAACAAUCAGACAAAGUCCUAAUGUUUAAAGGUCAUCAAGUGUGGGCCUUCAGUGGCUACGAUCUUGUACGUGGGUAUCCUAAAAGCCUUUCCAGUUUUGGUUUGCCCAAAACCGUGAAGAGAAUUGAUGCUGCCCUUUACGACACUGACUCCAGAAAGACGCUCUUCUUUGUCGGCAAGAAGUAUUACAGCUAUGAUGAGGCCCAGCAGAGGAUGGACCCUGGAUUCCCCAAACAUGUGGACAAUCUGUUACCAGGCCUGACCGGGAACGUGACGGCAGCUUUCCAGUACAGAGGUUUUACCUACAUCUACAGCGGGCCCUAUAUGUUCGAGUUCAGCCUGACAAGCAGGAGGUUGUUACGCGUGCUGAGGAACAGCUACUUUUUGCAGUGCAAUAACUUCUAGGACACCAAACUACCUAAAAAGCUGUUUAUAAGAGCCACUGAACAUAUCAAUGAAGGGACCAGAUUUGUCUUUGUGUUUAUUCCUCGUAUGUAUAUGUCCAGACACACGUAUAACCUCAAUGAGAGCUGCAUCCUAUGAGGCUUUUUUAAAAUAAUGAUUGUCAUCAAGUAGCACGUUUGUGUCACUAUAGUAAUUUAAUUUAUUGUAUUUAAAUCAAAUGUUGUGCAUCCUUAUUGCUGUUUGAACAUUGUGAAGCUUUGACUGUGCAUCUGUGAACCUCUGG